UGGUGAACUAUUCAUCGUACUUCUAGCACCAUGGCGCUGCGUUCACUCUUUGUGUUAAUGGCAACCUUCAUCGCCUGCAAUGCCAACUUGAAAGAUUGUGGGAAAACACCGAUUCCACCCAACGAAUCACGUGUUGUGGGAGGAUACGAAGCCACACCCAACUCCUGGCCAUGGCAAGUUAGUCUGCGAGCCUUGAAACCAGAUGGAACUUAUAUGCAUAUUUGUGGUGGAUCACUACUUCAUUUUCAGUGGGUUAUAACAGCAGCUCACUGUGUAGAGGGGAAGGAGUCUGCUGAUAAUUGGGAAGUUUGGAUCGGUGCUCAUGACAACAGAGUUUUAGGAGAUGAUGUGGUAGUGUCCAAAGUUUCAAAAAUUUUCAAAAAUCCAUUGUGGGAUUCAAGCAGCCUUAAGAAUGAUCUUGCACUGGUGAAGUUAUCAGAUUACAUUGGCUUAACGGACAAGAUUAGCACUGUAUGCCUGCCAUCGAAAACUCACACAGCAGGGAACGGGUUCGUCACAGGCUGGGGAGAAAUGCAGACUGAUGGAACACCAGGAAACUACCCUGAUAAGCUCCAUCAAGUUAUGACACCAAUUAUGGACCAUGCAACUUGCGUAAAUGUUAUGAAGCCGUACAACGUGGAUGACUCCAUGAUUUGUGCUGGAUUCCCAGAUGGAGAAAAGGGAGCAUGCUCAGGAGACAGCGGCGGUCCAUUCGUCGUUAAAACAGGAGGAAGAUGGGAGCUUGCUGGGAUUGUCAGCUGGGGUAAGAUUCCUUGUGCACAGUUGGGCACUCCUUCAGUAUAUGCUGAUCCCAAGAAGUUUGAAACUUGGAUCUAUACGACCAUCAGCAAGAAUUAAAAUAAACAACGUGAGAAUAUGCAUCAAUUGACCCAAAUUAUCUAACACCCGUUUCAAACAGGCGCUCCAGAGUCGCGCCGAACCAAAUAGAUUAGGAGCGACUCUAGGUCGACCUAAAUAAAUGUUGGUUUCAAAUAACAUUUACAUUGGCUGUCAACAUUUCGUCUUCAAGCGCGUCCACUGAGUAGCUCCUAAUUGUUUCAGAUGGGAAUUUGUCAUGUACUUAUUUCAGAACUUGGUUCGGCGUGAUUCUGAAGCGUCUGUCUGAAAUGGGUGUAAUGUCCUCAAGUCGCUUAUUUAAUGCACCCUGACAUGGUUUUGUUGUUGAUGUUUUGAAACAGUUUUUCUUCUUGUAAAAGUGUCUGGAAAAAAAUACUAUGAAACAGAGAAAUUUAGCUUCCAUAUUUAAAAUUUGAAUUCAUACCAUGAUCUAUACUUUGACCUUUUGAGUUUUGAGUUGAAGUACGUCUGAUUUUGUAGCCGUUUACAGCCGCCAUGGGCAUUUUUUUCUUUCAUGGGCAGUUUCCAGUUGAUAUGGUCUUUGAAGGGUUAUGCUGAGCGAUUAUGCUCCUCUAUUA